AUAGUUGACAGAUCUCCAGAAAUGUCUGACCACGAGUCAGACGAUUGUAACCGAUCUCCCUUCACCAGUGGAGACGCGGGGAUGGACGGCCCCUGUUCCAGCAGCUGGGCGGUGGGUCCCACCGUGCCGAGUGGCUCUCCUCAGCUCAACAUCAGAUCUCUCUCAUCUGUGGACCGGCCCAAGGAGCAAGUGCUCAUCAAUGGUGACGGCAUUGAGUUGCCGCAGAAGGUCCUCUUCCCUCCAGACCUUCUCGAUCUGAAGUGGACCCAGGUUCACCCUAUCGGUGCCGGACUAAAGAACAUGGGGAACACAUGCUUCCUCAACUCAGUACUGCAGUGUCUCACCUACACGCCUCCAUUUGCUAACUUCUUGCUGACCGGCGAGCACUCUAAAACAUGUAACGUUCCGGGGUUCUGUAUGAUGUGUUCCAUGGAAAAUCACAUCAUUGAGGUCUUUUCCAAAUCUGGGAAAGUCAUCAAGAACGUUGGUGUGGUUAAUGAGCUCCACAGGAUAGCACCCCACUUCGACAAUGGAAGUCAAGGGGAUGCCCAUGAAUUCCUGCGGUACACAAUGGAAGCUAUGCAAACGUCCUGCUUACCUGGACCCAAAUUGGACAGGGAGACAGUCUCAACUUCUUUCAUCUAUCAAGUAUUUGGCGGGUACCUCAGGUCCAGAGUUAAAUGUUUAAACUGCAACGCAGUUUCGGAUACAUUUGAUCCAUUUUUAGAUAUCAAUCUAGAAAUUAAGACGGCUUCAAGCGUCUCAAAGGCUCUGGAGGAGUUUGUUAAGCUUGAGCAUCUUGAAGGCGACAACGCCUACAAGUGCAUCGACUGCAAUAAAAUGGUCACAGCCGUGAAGGGAUUUAGCAUCCACCGCAACCCCAACGUGCUCACCUUCUUACUCAAACGCUUUGCAGACAACAGAGGACGCAAAAUUAAAGAGAAUGUAAAAUAUCCAGAGUUCCUGGACAUGCGGCCGUUCAUGUCUCAGACUCAAGGAGAGGCCCAACUUUACAGCCUGUACGCUGUGAUUGUCCACUCUGGAUACAGCAGUUGCACUGGACACUUCUUCUGCUAUAUUAAGUCGAGCGAUGGUGAUUGGUAUGAGAUAAACGACGCCUCUGUGUCCGUCAGUGACAUCAGUACUGUUCUCAACCAGCAGGCCUAUGUCCUGUUCUACAUAAAGUCCAGUGAUGGGAAAAAAACAGCGGACUGCAGUCAAAUUUACCACAACCCUGGAAUCCCUGGUCAACCUAACCAUGGACUAUCUACCUCAGACGUCCACUCAGACGUUCCGAUCAUUCCACGUGAGCUUCACCACGUUAACGGCAUGUCUUGCAGUAACAGCGAUCACCACACUCUAGCCAGCCCACCUCUGCCAGCAUCUCCUCCUCCACCUUUCUACCCCCCUCACAGUCUACCUCAGACGUCCACUCAGAGUCAGCCCACCUCUGCCAAAAACUGUGGCCCUCUGGAUAAUGGCUGCUUAGCUACGUCUCACCUCAACAGAAACAACGGAGCAGGAGGCGUCUUUGAGAAAUCUCCUCAAGCCACAAACAGAGAGUCAGAUAUGCACUAUCCCAACCCAGCGACCUUACUUACCCCGGCAGACCACUCUGAGAGCACCAGUGGGACAUCUGAUGCUCAAGAGAAGGUUGGCAUAAGUGGGAAUAAAUCUAAGAAUCUACCACUGAAAAAACGGAUUACGGAGGAAAAGAACAGCGGCAGGGAGAGGAACUCAAAAGAGGAGACUUCAUUUAUUGCCAAAAUGCCAUACAGAAAUGAAACGUCCAAAUGCUUGCUGCUUCUCCCUCCGCUCUCCAUGUCGAGAUCAGCUUCAGACACAGACGAUCAAAAUCCCACGAGGGCUGCUGAUAAUCUGCGCCGAGAGAGAAACUACAGGGACCGGAGACCAGAUCGGGAGAGUGACGGUGAUCGGGAGAGUGACGGUGAUCGGCACCGGUACAGACGGGACGACCGAGAUCACCACGACAAUCAUCGCUUGCACAGUGAUCAUUUGUCUCCUCAUGAUCGACAUUACAGAGACCGGAAGUCUGAACGUCGCUAUGAGCCCACUGUCCACCACUCCAGGGAGAGCUACCGCGAAAGGUCCCCUCACCAUAACCACCGCCACCGAUCCAGAGAUGAUCAGGACUUUGGGCGGAGCGGUCUAGGUCGAUCUGACCAGGAAGAGUUUCGUAGUCGCUGGAGGUGGCCGCAGGAGAGUGGCGAAUCCCGGGUAACGGAGGAAAAGAAUAGCGGCAGGGAGAGCAACUCUUACCCUACAAAAGAGGAGACUUCAUUUAUUGCCAAAAUGCCAUACACAAAUGUAACGUCCAAAUGCUUGCUGCUUCUCCCUCGGCUCUCCAUGUCGAGAUCAGCUUCAGACACAGACGAUCAAAAUCCCACGAGGGCUGCUGAUAAUCUGCGCCGAGAGAGAAACUACAGGGACCGGAGACCAGAUCGGGAGAGUGACGGUGAUCGGCACCGGUACAGACGGGACGACCGAGAUCACCACGACAAUCAUCGCUUGCACAGUGAUCAUUUGUCUCCUCACGAUCGACAUUACAGAGACCGGAAGUCUGAACGUCGCUAUGAGCCCACUGUCCACCACUCCAGGGAGAGCUACCGCGAAAGGUCCCCUCACCAUAACCACCGCCACCGAUCCAGAGAUGAUCAGGACUUUGAGCGGAGCGGUCUAGGUCGAUCUGACCAGGAAGAGUUUCGUAGUCGUUGGAGGUGGCCGCAGGAGAGUGGCGAAUCCCGGGUAACGGAGAGAAAGAACAGCGGCAGGGAGAGCAACUCUUACCCUACAAAAGAGGAGACUUCAUUUAUUGCCAAAAUGCCAUACACAAAUGUAACGUCCAAAUGCUUGCUGCUUCUCCCUCCGCUCUCCAUGUCGAGAUCAGCUUCAGACACAGACGAUCAAAAUCCCAAGAGGGUUGCUGAUAAUAAGAGGAAGAGAGAUAAGUCAAAGGACAAAGACCAACACAGAGAGAGCGGAAAUUCUGACAUGGAUUCAGACAGAAAUGCUGAAAUAAAAAAGAAGAAGACAAGCAGGCAGCAGCAGGAUGAGGAGUCCAAGCAGCACAGCCAAGGCGCCGCACAGAGGCCCAAUAACAGAAGCCGCUUGGAACCUGAAAGCCGCAAGCGGAAGUUCUGUCACAUCGAGGACAGUACAUGCAUCUAUGGUUUUCCAAAAGGAAAAAGCCGCCACUGAUUCUCCAGUGGCAUCAAACAGUGACUCUGUGAUGGGGCUUCCUUUUUACUGAUCAUCACUGUUUGCUCCAUUGCUGUCAAUGCUAAUAACUGUAUCCCUUCUCGAUGCCGAUUCCAAUACCUGGACUUUUGGUAUUGGCUGAUAAAGAGAACCGAUCUAAUACCAUUGCAUAUAUAUUUUAAUUUCUGAAAAGAACAGAAAUAAAUAAAUCUUGUCUAAAACAGUACUUGCCAGUGGCAGUCCAGCACCACUGCUGUUUUGGUGCAGAAAAGAUAUUAAAGAAGUGAUUUCCGGGAAAAGAAAAUCGCGGUUUUAUCUGGCUGAAACUAAAAUACUAAAAAUAUAUGGUUUUAGAUCGGUUUAUAGAUUCAAGUACUCUGAGCGGGCACUUUUCCAGUAUUGGAGGCAUUUCUGAUGCUGGUAGCCCGGUAUCUCUACAUGUUUUAGCUCAUCAUUCUGCCUACCAAUUUUGACAUGGUCUGUUCUUUUUCAUUUCAGGCAUAUAAACAACAUUUUAACAGCACGUUUUUCUCCCUUU